AUGAAGCAUGAAGGCUGGGGCGGCGCCAAGAGUGACUAUUAUGGUCAAGGUGGCAAGAUGCACCACGAAGGUCACAAGGAGGGGAUGGGGAUGAAGCAACAUGGUGGUGGUCAGGGGCAUUAUGGCCAUCACGGAGAAGGGGUGGAGCAUGGUGGUGGAUACGGGGGCAAUCAUGGGCACUUUGGUAUUCACAAGGAGGAGAAGCAUGGUGGUGGUUAUGGGGCUCAUCAAGGGUAUUUUGGUCAUGAAAAGGAGGGGAUGGGGAUGAAGCAAUAUGGCGGUGGUUAUGAUUAUGGGGGUCAUUAA